AUGCCACCAAAGUUUGUGCCUCGAGAGCGGAAGCAUAGACGCUUGGAAAAGGUGAAGAGGAAGGAUGGCGAUCAUGUUAUUCCCAACUCGGAGUCGCAUGUUCGCUCGACGGAGAGCGAAAAGGACGAGCGAAGGCGCAAGCUGAAGAGCGAGCUCACUGCUCAUGCGCCGGACAACAAAGUGGUUGGCAAGAAGAAGAAGCGCUUGGACAAGUACAUCGAUACGAAACUCCGCAAGGAUGAGAAUAUGGAAAUUAUCAAAAAGUUAGAGGCGCAAAAGGUGGACACCAGUUUGAUGCACAGCUCGAAGAAGUUGGGACGAGUGCAGCUGCACAAAAAAGAGCAGCUGGAGCGGGCCUUGAGGGAGCGUGCGGCCGGUGUGGACGUCAAUGGUAACCAAGAUGCGAUUCUGUUCGAGAGCAGGCCUCCUCGUGCAGAGCAAGAMAUGCUGGAAGAUAUGGAAGAUGGCGAGGACGACGAAGACGAUGAUAACCAUGCACACGAGGACGGUAGCAUGAAAGAUCACACGGAUACCACAACGACACAGCCCACGGCGACACAGCCCACGACGACACAGCCCACAAACGCGGUUCAAAAUUCGUUCGGAAGCGGCUUGAAGCGCCCUUUGGAAACAGACGAAUCUGGACAACCAGUCAUCAAGAAGCGUAAGCGGCGAAAGCAAGAGGCCAAGGUUCGAAACCCGGUCUCGCGAGUGAAGGAGAACGGCAGAGGUGACGACUCGGAGGAUGAGGAUGACUCUGACGAGGAAGAAGAAGAUGAUGAUGGGCAGGGAGAGGGUGAGGCAGGCGAGGACGAGUGGAAUGGCUUUUCCGAAACAGACGAAGCUCUUGUAGGAGAAAGUGAGGACGGCAACUCUGCCAUUUCCGGCACAGAAGACGAGGACAGCGGAGAUGAGGAGGAUGAGGAUGAUGAGGAAAGUGAGGACGACGGAGAGGAUGCGGGAGAAAAGACAGCUCGCGUUUCUGCCUUCAAAUCCUGGGCUGAUUCACAACGCAAUGCUUCGCUAGGCUUUACGCCUUCGGUUGCUCCAACGAACGACCGUACUAUCAGAGCGGACUUCACCCCACGUGCGCCGUCACCGGAUCCGGAAGCACUGAAACUCUCUACACAGCCCAGCAAGGACGCCUAUCGACCGAACGCUGCUGUGAUAGUUUCGCGUCCGGAUGAUGUGCAAGCUGCCCGGCUAGAGCUGCCAGUGGUUCAGGACGAACAGAAGAUCAUGGAGGCGAUUCACAACAAUCCUAUAGUUGUUGUGUGUGGAGCCACAGGAUCUGGAAAGACGACACAGCUUCCUCAAAUGCUCCUCGAGAAUGGGUAUGCCUCCAAAGGCAUGAUUGGAAUUACACAGCCUCGAAGGGUCGCUGCGGUAUCGGUUGCGAGUCGUGUCUCGCACGAAUUGGGCCCAGAGCAUGGCAAAAGAGUAGCUCACCAGGUCCGGUACGACAGCACAGUAGCGAGAGACACCAACAUCAAAUUCAUGACCGAUGGUAUCCUGCUGAGAGAAAUUGGACAGGACUUUGCCCUGAGCAAAUACAGCGCCAUUGUCAUUGAUGAAGCGCACGAGCGCAGCGUCAACACUGACAUUCUGAUCGGCAUGCUCUCUCGUAUUGUACCGCUCCGGCAAGAUUUAAGUCGAGAGAGCCCGGAGAAACACCACCCUCUCAAACUCAUCAUCAUGAGUGCCACUUUGCGAGUCGCCGACUUCCUGGCGAAUGACAGGCUAUUCCGGGAGAACACACCACCCAUCGUCCAAGCAGAAGGCCGACAGUAUCAUGUCACAGAACACUUUUCCCGAAAGACUCAAAGAGACUUUGUCGCAGAAACAGUCGCAAAGGUUUCGCGGGGACAUCGCAAGCUACCACCCGGUGGAAUUCUCGUGUUCUUGACAGGCCAGGAUGAGAUUCAGACCGUUGCGAAGAGGCUGCGAGAGACGUUCGCAGAUAAUAACACAGGCUUUGAGCUAUCCCGACCCCGUGACAACCGCUCGCGAGACACGAAAAGUAACGAUUACCUCGAGCGGGAAAUGGACAAUGACUCUGACUCUGAACCUGAAAUCAUCGGACUUGACGAUGAGGAAGAUGARGACGAGUUUGCUGUAGAGGCUGAGCCUGGAGUCCCUGUUGUGCGUGGGCCAAUAAAGGCUCACGUCCUGCCAUUGUACGCUGCGUUACCGACCAGUCAGCAAAUGCGCGUUUUUCAACCCACUCCCGACGACUCGCGACUGAUCGUCUUAGCUACUAACGUGGCGGAAACCUCGUUGACCAUUCCCGGUAUCAAAUAUGUCUUCGACUGUGGCCGAAGCAAGGAGAAGCAUUACGACAUCUCAACGGGCGUGCAGGAGUUUCGCAUCGACUGGAUCUCCAAAGCCAGUGCAUCUCAGAGAAUGGGUCGUGCUGGUCGAACAGGCCCUGGCCACUGCUAUCGGCUCUACAGCUCGGCCAUCUACGAACAAUACUUUGAAGAGCAUACUCUGCCAGAAAUUUUGAGAACCCCCAUUGAAGGAACAGUCUUGCAGCUCAAAAAUAUGGAGGUUGACAAUGUAGUCAACUUUCCAUUUCCAACUCCACCUCAAAGUGCACAGCUUUCGCAAGCCGAGCGGCUGCUGAGAAAUCUCGGAGCGAUUGAUACCAGAGCAGGCAAGAUUACCGACAUUGGCAAGAAGCUGAUCAACUAUCCUGUUAAUCCUCGAUUCGGUAAGAUGCUAUUGCUAGGCCUUGAGAACGGAGUUCUUGCUCAUACGAUUGCACUUGUCGCUGGGCUGGCGGUAGGUGAUCUGUUUAUCCCGGAACCGCAGAUCGCUUCGAGGAAUGAUGAAGAUCGCAAUGGAGACUCGAGCGACGAUGAGUACAAGGCACACAGAUUUGCCGAUAACGCUGCAUUCACUGCCGCGCARCAGCGUCGACAGGCAUACGGUCGUGCCAAUAAAAAGCUGUCUCAAUGGGACAGUCAAUCCGACGCCAUUAAACUGCUCACUGCGGUGGCUGCGCAUGCACAAGAAGGCAAUGAUCCGGCAUUCUGCACAGAGUACUUCCUCCGCGAGAAAGGCAUGGUCGAGGUUCAACAGCUGCGUCGCCAGCUACACAAUAUCAUGCAGGCUCACGUCAAGAACGGCCAAGAUGCCAUCUUCAACAAUGAUCUUCCCCCGCCCACGACCAAACAAAUUGCCGUUCUGAAGCAGAUUGUCGCUGCGGGCUACAUUGAUCAGAUCGCCAUUCGCGCAGACCUACUGCCUAAUGUAGUCCCCGGAAGGAAUCCUCGGCGAGCAAUCGAAGUGCCAUACCGCACGCUUCUAUCGACAGUCAACGAGACAGAUCGGGAGGCGACCAUCGAGGAACAGGAACAAGCAAAGAACGUCUACAYGCAUUCCGGCAGCGUCCUCUCUCGACUCUCAACGCACGAGAUGCCUGCGUAUGCAGUCUACUCAAGUCUCAGCCGUGCUUCCGCAAAUGCGGUGGGAGAGAAGCAGAAGAGAACUCGCAUGCAUGCUUUGGCCACGGUGGGACCCAAGCAACUCGCUGCUCUUGCCGAAGGAACACCGCUCUUGGAGAUUGGGAAGCCGAUUGGUAAGAUUGUGGAGAGAGAUGCUGGGAAGAGACAGGAAUGCUGGGUUGGUGUUGCGCUGCGAGAUCCUGCUGCUGUCGGGACGAAUGGCUGGCCGCUUGGUGCUUGGAAAGUGGUUCAGGUGAGAAAGGGCAAGGAAUGGAGUAUUGAAAAGGUCAUUGAUCGGGGUGGUAAAGCAGCCUAG